CCUGCCUCGGAGCACAGAAUAGAAAUGACCAGAAGGGUCACUCUUUGCCAAUCGAUUCAGCGUGAGUUUUUUCGCGCAUGCGUCACCAAAACGAGGAUAGUAUGUCAAACAAUAAGCACGAACAAAGCACAUCGAUGAAAAACAACACAAUAAUGUGAGAUGGGACUAGGAAAACAAAUUCAACGAUCUGAACCAGAAUUAAACUAGUAUCUUGCCCUGUAUAUAUUGCUUUAUAACCGGAAAAUACUGCUAUCAAUGGUGGUCUCGCAUCUCACAACUGUAGUAGGCCUGUAGUAUUGAUUAUUAGCUAACAGGGAAUUUAAAUAUCGUUUCCAAACUCACAAUUCAUAACGAACUAAGCGCCUCUGUGAUUUUAUUCACUCUCCUUUUGCUUCAUGAUGGUAUGAAGUGCAGCCCCAGUGGUAUUCAAGGGAGCUUGUUUUUAAAUUUGCUUCAACACGCCUUCGAUUGUGCAACAUCCUAGACUACUAGCCUCCUUUCAUGACGGUUGAAAACGAGAACUGUAUGUACAGACAGCGCGGCGCCAGAAAAAAUCGAGUGAACUUGCAACAAAGGAUGCCGCUCGGAGCCCAUUUCGGCCGUUAGCCGAAAGUCUUGACAGUUUGUCAGAAGCCCUCCAAAUGGCACGUGACAAUGGCGGAUGCAAUAAAAACAAAUAUGGCGGAGAAGAAGGAGGGGUCAAACUGUGGCAGAGAGCUUGGCCUACAAGAGCUUUUCUAUGAAACAAUGAACAACCGUUUUGACACCAGCCAUUACUUUGAAUAUGCAGUACUUCACGCUAACUACCGAAUCACAGAUGAAGAUCUUAUAGCAACCCUGAAGAUUCUUGUGAAUUUUCAGCCAUUUCUUCGGAUGAAAGUUGCAGGCAAGAUAGAAAGCGAUCGACCCCCGACAAGGAAAGCCCCAGUUGAUGAUCCUAACACAAGACUGUAUUUUGAACCAUGUGAAGUUGACUACAAGAAUGUAUUAAGAAUAAGGAAACGCACCUCGGUUGACGACUUAGAAGAAAUUGUGAGGGAAGAGGAGAUAUUUCUAUCUAGGCCAGAGAGAUACGGCGAUGGCCCUAGAUGGAGAGUUGUUUUUAACAUGCCUAAUUAUGUAAAUGGUAGAAGUACUAAGUCUGGUGAUUCAUACAGGUACGAGCUUUUCUUCGGAAUGCAGCAUCAAUUUGUCGAUGCAGUAAGUGGCUUCGAUUUGGUAUACAGGCAGCUCUUACCAAUCCUGAUAAAAGUGAUAAACAAUAUGCCAGUUGAUGAUGUCUUUUUGCAUCCACUUGACUUGACUCCAACAUUCGAGGAAGAAAUUCUUGGAGAUGCCCAAUCAGCAGAUAAGCGGCCUGCUUGGUACACAAAGGCAGGGAUAACUUUGCUGCGCAAAGUAAACAAGGUCUUUAAAUCAAGGCAUUUUGGAAGGCCUCCUAUUGUCUCUGAAGGCUCCCCCUUCCCAAAUGAAAAGGGAAUGGGUAUUUUCAAAUACUAUUUUGGAGAAAGCCUUGUAGAAAGAAUAUUGUAUGAGCGGAAGAAUCAUGAUGUCACUGUGCAUUCAAUCCUCUUGACGGGAUUCUCAUUUGCAAUGAUAAGAUUGUUGCUAGAUCAGGGUCUUCCUGUUGCGAAGGAUAUCAUAAGUGGUUGGCCAAUCGACUCAAGAAAGAAGCUGCCAAAGUAUAAAAGUCCUCAGCCAUUGGGCAUGUUUGUCGGAACAACUGGAUUCACUUCAAUGAAGGUGCCAAGGGAAAACAGACUAGACAAGGACUUGUUUUGGAAAAGAGCCAGGAAGAUUGCCAGGCAGGUAUUGAAAGGAGUGGAAAACCAACACAUAAAGAUGCAAAUUGAUCUUUUUGCAUAUGUAACUGAACAUUUGCAAUAUGAAGACUUUUUACAAUUAUUUGGUGAGAUAGGCGUCAAUCAACAUUUUGGUCUCAGCAACCUUGGCAAAUGCAGCCCAGGUCCAGAGUUGGAUGCAAAUAUUGAAAAGGCUGUGGAGGCAACAGAAAUCUACUUUGGCCUACAUGGAAAUGGAUCUGCCAAUGUUGGAUUUCCAUUCUUCAUUACUGUUUUAAAUCACAAAGGGAAAAUGUUUUUCGUUUGCUGCUAUAACAAACUGUGGGUGAAAAGGGAUCUUGCAGAAAAAUUUCUUACAUAUGCAGAAGAUAUCUUAGACAAAGUUUGUGAGAGGGCUUCAGAAAUGCAAGCCAUGGAUGACAAAAUACCCUGCAAGGAAUCAUCAAG